ACCCUUUUAAUGAUGAAGGACUGCACCGCCAUUUUAGACGGUGAAUUUGAAAUAUUAAGAGUGACUCCAGAUUUGUAUGAUGACACUGAAGAGAUAUUGGCAAGGAUUUCCCUGGAUCAGGAAUUCGGGUGCCUGGCUACCAGGCUGAAGGAAUCGCCAUUGGCCGUAAGUGAGUUCCGCAUCUUAAUUCGGCACAUCCUUACCCUGGGCAUAUCCUUUGCCAUAAGGCACGUUGAAAGUGGAAGGAUUGUGGCUGCCAUUGCUUGCCUGGUAUACAAUCCAAGUAGGGAAUCUUCCUAUGACAAUCUGGAGAAAAAGUUCAGAAGUCCGAGUAUGCUGAACUAUAUCAGGUUAUUUGAUGCUAUCGAUGAGAGUUUUGAUCUCUACAUGGAUAUAAAUAGCUGGAUGGAGGUGGAGUAUUUGGUGACCUUACCAGAGUUCAGAUGCCGGGGUCUGGCAUACUAUUUAUGCCGGCAUACCAUGGAUUUUGGAAAGCUCAUGGCUCAUGGAAAACUACCUCCGGAAGUGUUCCAUCAACUACCGGUGGAGAUGCAAAUUGAAAGACCGGAGGCUGUUAGCACAUUUGCCACAUCCUUUUACUCCCAAAAAUGUGGCAUUAAGGUGGGAAUGCAAGUGGCGCAAAGGUGGCACAUUUCGGACUUGCAAUCUCUUGGUGUCAACAUUAUAGAUACAAUAGAGGGAUUGGAAUACGCCGAGCUGCAAAUAAUGAGCCUGUAAUAAAUUUAAUACACAUUUUUAACCAUAACGAAAAAAAUUAAAAUAAAUUUAUU